UCAUCUUAAAAACAUCGCUCCUUUCCCGACUGUUCACCCGCACGUGUCUCCCGCGGGGCUGCCCCUUAAGGUGUUGGUGGUGGUCUGUUCUAGCGAACGCGCAGACUCCCGCUGCGGGCUGUGCGCGCCGCGCGAGGCCUGUCCGGGGGAGGAGGCUGGCGGUGUGGCUGCUGGAGGCGCAGCCGCCUGGGAGGAAAGGAGAAGACUCCGGAGUAGCGGGCGGUGAAGAAAGGCGUUUGGAAGAAAGGGGCCUUUAGUUGAAGGAUGUGCCUUAUUUGGACUAACAUCAGCACCGUAAUGGCCGCAGCUGGGAUGGUGUUACUUCUAAGAAGUGUUCGACUGACUUCAAAAUUUACGAGUUCUUCAGAAAUUCCAGUGGAAUUUAUAAGAAGGAAUGUUAAACUACGUGGACGAUUACGCCGAAUAACCGACAGUGGUUUAGAAAUUGAGCAUAUUCCUAUUACUUUACCUAUUAUAUCUUCAUGGAGAAAAGAGCCAUGCGGUGUUUUGCUGGUUCAGCUGGCUGGAGUAGAACUCACUGAAACUGGGAAGAUGUGGUUACAGAAAGAGCUAAAACCUUCCCAACUUCUAUGGUUCCAGCUUCUUGGAAAGGAGAAUUCAACACUCUUUUGCUACCUUUUGGUGAAUAGGUUGCUUUUGCUGUGGCCCGCUGACAUUUUGCAUAUCUUGUGUGCUCCGUUUCCCCUCCAAACAACAGCAAACAAACCAAAGGGUAGGUAUUUUACUGUGAGUCUGAAUGAAGAAAUUCUGAGAAGAGGCCUUGGCAAAACUGUUCUUGUUAAAGGGCUAAACCAUGAUUCUAAAAUCUAUUGGAGAAUUCACAGAAACUUACUUAAAGCUGAAUUAACAGCCUUGAAAAAAAGAGAAGGAAUAUGGAAAGAAGAAUCUGAAAAAGAAAGUUAUUUGGAAAAAUUCAAAGGCUCCUGGAGAGAAAUAUGGGGAAAAUACAGUAAUUUAAAAAAAACUGGAUCAGAUUUCAACUUGAAAAAAGAGAGUUAUUAUGACAAAUUUAGAAGGACAUAUGAAGCAUGGAAAGACAACAUGAGUAACUACUCCUUAAUACUGAAGUUCAGAGAAUUUACAAGUCGCAUACACUUUCGUAGAAAAGGGUAAAAUAUUCCAAGAAAUCUGGAGGUGACCUACCUUGAAGAGUAAAAUAUGUAAAUAUAUGGAUAUUUUUCAUUGACUUGAAAUGGAAAUUUCCCCAAAUGAUCAAAGUUGUAUUCUAAUGGUAUUUCAGUAUUUAGAUGAUUGUUAUGGAUGUAAUAUCAUAAUAAUUUAAACACAUUGUGAUUAAUGUAAUAUACGUUUAGGAAAAAUGAAACACUGUAUAAAAAGUUACCAGGUUGAAGGAUGUAUACACGGAGUGCUAAUAUUUGAAAAGAGAGCUUAACUAUUGGCCAUUGUGUUAUUUUAGUUAUUUUAGGCAGCCAUAUUUAAUUUUUGUUUAAAGAGUAUUUAUUUUUCCUGUUUCAUCAGCUUUGGUGAUUUAUAAUAAAGGAACUGUUUAUGCCUCGUGUCUGAGGCCCCUCUUCUCCA